UUUCCGUGUCCGCCGCCUUCUCCAAUUGCUAGUGGCCGCAGGUCCUGCGUCACCAAUGAUGAUGUUCUCUCUGAAUUCCGACACUCUCUACGUGUCCCUGAUUUAAUUUUGCCUGACAAGGUCUUCCCUAGGCAAAAGUUCAUUGAAAACCCACCAAAGAUUGAUUUCCACUUGUUGAGUUCCAUGGAAAGUGAUUCUGUCCCCAAGAUUCUGGAUUCUAUUGCAACAAUCGGAUGCUUUCAGUUGGUGAAUUAUGGAAUUCCAGGGGAAUCUAUCCGAUCAGCCCUGGCAGCGGCUGCCGGAAUUUUUCAACUGCCUCCGGAGAAACGGACGGCAGUGACAAGGUCACCAGAGAAGUUAUACGGGUUUGAGGAAGUUCAGGGGGAAGAGGAAGGAAAACAGAGUGAAGAGUUUGUGUGGUGUAGAGGUGGGCUUGAGUUGGAAAUGAGGGGAAUUUGGGCUGUUGGGUAUUCAAAUUUCAGUGAGAAAAUGGAAACUCUUCUGUCUGACAUUGAGAAAGUUGCUGAGAAAAUUCUGCUAGUCGUCAGGGAAAGUUCCCUACAAAAAUCAGUUUAUGAAAACGAUAUGAUGCAAGGGCAAGAUAUCAUUGGCUCUGCAUGUUAUCUCUACAAGCAUAGCCGGAAUGUUUCAGCUGACCAGUGGAGCAGCUCCCUAAGAUAUGAUGUAAUCAGAAUGCUGAUAAGAGGGAUUGAUUAUUCACAUGCCUUGUGUUUGCAUAUAUGUGAUGAAUCUUCUGAAUUUCAUGUGUAUUCAAAGAAAGGUUGGGUGUCUUUCUGCCCAGAAAAAGAUGCCUUGGUUAUAACAGUCGGGGAUCAAACUCAGGCAUUAAGUGGUGGGCAAUUCAAGCAUGUCAUUGGAAGGCCCAUCUACAAAGGAGAGAAAGAAGACUACAUCUCAAUGGCAUUCCUUUACUCUCCUCCAGCUCCAAGCAUCAGCAGCAGGAUUGACCAACAAAAGGGAAAAACUAUUUCACUUAGUCAGCAGGCCAUUGCUGCAAUACUUUUGACUCUUGUAUACCGUAUUUUAGUCUAUGUUUACAACAAAUUCUAAUGUUGUCAAGGAUCAUCCAUCAAGCAAUGAAAAGUUACACAUCUUGAUACUCCUGCUCAU